UUCCCUUUGCAAGGACUACUACCGCCGGCUCGCCGUCCCUCUCGGAGCACCCAUCAGCUGUUCGAGGAAAAGCCCCAGUGAAGAAGUUAUGUUUUUCACCCCAGGAAGCUUGUUUGGUGGUUUUUUCAACUUGCGAAGGGCAUUAAAUGAAAUUCUCUUGGUGUCUUAAUCAUGAUCAUAUUCUUUUGAUAGAAAGUUGGCUAAUGCAGCGAGCUGAUGGCCACUGUGGGACAAGCAUCUGUGAUAAAGUGGCAGUUUCAGGGACCACGAAGACAAAGCCUUUUUCUGCGAAAGCAAUCUAGUCAAAUAAGGUUCCAUGUAUGUCGGAGAAACUCUGCUGUCAGAAGUUUGAAAGCAUUUUCCAGUGAGGGGACGCCAUGGAUUCCAAGAGCUGUGUCUUCAAGACGUACACAGACCCCAAUAGCUCAAGAUUCUGAUGUAGUGAAACAACCUGUUGAAAUUAUACACUUCUAUCGGUGUCCAUUAUUGCAAAACAGUGCAACUGCCGAGCUUCUCAGGAAGAUUCAGCUUAAAAUUUCUAGCCAAAUUGUUGGGUUGAAAACGGAGCAAUGUUUUAACAUUGGACUGAGUUCUGAACUAUCAAGUGAGAAGCUUGAAAUACUCAAGUGGCUUCUAAAAGAGACAUAUGAGCCUGAGAACUUAACCACUGAAACCUUUCUGGAUAAAGAAGAGAUCAAUGAAGAUAUCUCUACUAUUUUGAUUGAGGUAGGCCCACGUAUGUCUUUCACCACGGCAUGGUCUGCAAAUGCGGUAUCUAUUUGCCAAGCAUGCACAUUGACAGAAGUGACUCGCAUGGAGAGGUCAAGAAGAUAUCUGUUGUAUUUAAAGGCUGGAAGCAAUCCCCUGGAGGAUAGCCAAAUCAAUGAGUUUGUGUCUAUGAUUCAUGAUCGAAUGACAGAGUGUGUCUAUCCUAAGAAGCUCACAUCAUUUAAAUCAACCAUUGUACCUGAGGCUGUUAGCUUUGUUCCAGUUGUUGAGAGAGGAAGAAAGGCUCUGGAGGAAAUCAAUAUGAAAAUGGGUCUUGCUUUUGAUGAGCAUGAUAUUCAGUACUAUACAAGUCUCUUUAGGGAUGAUAUAAAACGCAACCCAUCAACUGUUGAGCUCUUUGAUAUUGCCCAAUCUAAUAGCGAGCAUAGUAGGCAUUGGUUUUUCAACGGAAAGCUUAUUAUAGAUGGUCAGCCUAUGAAUAGAACCCUCAUGCAGAUUGUGAAGAGUACUUUGAAGGCAAAUCCGAACAAUUCUGUGAUUGGCUUCAAAGACAACUCCAGUGCAAUUAAGGGAUUUGCUGUAAAUCUGCUGAGGCCAACAAAACCUGGUGCCACAUCUCCCUUGUGCAGAUUCAAGCAUGACCUUGAUAUUUUAUUUACCGCAGAGACUCACAAUUUUCCUUGUGCUGUUGCUCCUUAUCCUGGUGCUGAAACUGGUGCUGGAGGUCGUAUUAGGGACACACAUGCAACAGGAAGGGGAUCAUUUGUCGUAGCUUCCACAGCUGGUUAUUGUGUUGGUAACCUUCACAUUGAAGGUUCAUAUGCUCCAUGGGAAGAUCCAUCUUUUGUGUAUCCUACGAACUUAGCAUCGCCUUUGCAGAUUCUAAUUGAUGCAAGUAAUGGGGCAUCAGACUAUGGAAAUAAAUUUGGAGAGCCUUUAAUCCAAGGUUUUACAAGAACAUUUGGAAUGAGGCUACCAAACGGCGAAAGACGUGAAUGGCUGAAACCAAUAAUGUUCAGUGGAGGAAUAGGCCAAAUUGAUCAUUCUCAUAUAGAGAAGGGAGAACCAGAUGUUGGAAUGCUGGUUGUGAAGAUUGGAGGUCCUGCAUAUCGAAUUGGGAUGGGUGGUGGUGCUGCUUCCAGCAUGGUUAGCGGUCAGAAUGAUGCUGAUUUGGAUUUUAAUGCUGUCCAGAGAGGAGAUGCUGAGAUGGCACAAAAACUGUACCGUGUUGUUCGUGCUUGUGCUGAAAUGGGAGAAGACAACCCAAUUAUCAGCAUCCAUGAUCAAGGUGCCGGUGGUAACUGUAAUGUUGUGAAGGAGAUUAUUUAUCCCAAAGGAGCUGAAAUUGAUAUCCGAGCUAUAGUUGUUGGUGAUAGUACAUUGUCAGUCCUGGAGAUAUGGGGUGCUGAGUAUCAGGAGCAGGAUGCUCUUUUGGUGAAACCUGAAAGCCGGAACUUGUUGCAGUCUAUUUGUGAAAGGGAAAGGGUUUCUAUGGCUGUUAUUGGGACGAUCAGUGGCAGUGGACGAGUUGUUUUAGUGGAUAAGUCAUCUAUUGAGCACUGUCAAUCAAGUGGACUCCCUCUUCCAUCUCCAGUUGUGGAUCUUGAACUUGAGAAGGUUCUUGGGGACAUGCCUCAGAAAUGCUUUGAAUUUAAGACCACAACUCCAGUUCUUACUCCCCCAGAUAUUGCUCCAACAACCACAUUGAUGGAUUCACUGGAAAGGGUCUUGAGGCUUCCCUCAGUUUGCUCAAAACGCUUCCUGACAACGAAAGUGGACAGAUGUGUGACAGGUCUUGUGGCACAGCAGCAGACAGUUGGAGCCUUACAACUCCCACUUGCUGAUGUAGCUGUUAUUGCUCAGACGCACUCCGGUCUCACCGGUGGUGCGUGUGCCAUUGGGGAGCAGCCGCUGAAGAGUCUUUUGCAUGCAAAGUCAAUGGCACGUUUGGCUGUUGGUGAAGCAUUGACAAACCUUGUCUGGGCAAAAAUUACCUCUCUUGGUGAUGUCAAAGCAAGUGGGAACUGGAUGUAUGCAGCCAAGCUUGAUGGAGAAGGUGCAGCUAUGUAUGAUGCUGCUACAGCCCUUUCAGAAGCCAUGAUUGAACUUGGUAUAGCAAUUGAUGGGGGCAAGGACAGCCUUUCUAUGGCAGCUCAUGCUGGUGGUGAAAUUGUCAAGGCUCCUGGAAAUCUUGUCAUCAGUACCUAUGCUACUUGCCCUGACAUUACAUUGACUGUUACCCCGGACUUGAAGCUUGGAGAUGAUGAUGUAGGUUUUCUAGUGCACAUUGAUUUAGCCAGAGGGAAACGGCGAUUAGGUGGCUCUGCUCUUCUACAGUCAUUCAACCAAAUCGGCGAUGAGUGUCCUGAUCUUGAUGAUGUUUCCUAUCUAAAGAAGGCUUUUGAAGCUGUUCAGCAACUGCUUGGCGAAAAAUUGAUCUACGCUGGUCAUGAUAUCAGUGAUGGUGGACUUAUAGUUAGUAUCCUUGAAAUGGCAUUUGCGGGGAACUGUGGUGUUCAAUUGCACCUAAACUCAAGGGGGUGCAGUCUUCACCAGUUACUGUUUUCAGAAGAACUUGGUCUUAUUCUUGAAGUCAGCUCAACAGAUAUACAUUAUGUCAGAGGAAAGCUUGAAAAGGCUGGUGUUUAUGGGGAGGUCAUUGGCCGUGUUACUGCAUCACCUGUAAUCGAGUUAUUGGUUGAUGGAACACCUCAGCUGAAAGAAGAAAUGCCUUAUCUGAGGGACCUAUGGGAGGAAACCAGUUUUCAUCUUGAGGGACUUCAGAGGUUGGCCUCUUGUGUAAAACUUGAGAAAGAAGGCCUGAGAAGCAGACAGGCACCGUCAUGGGAAUUAUCUUUCACACCUGAAUUUACAGAUGACAAAUUCAUGUUGGUGACUGAGAAGCCAAAAGUGGCCAUCAUUCGUGAGGAAGGAAGCAAUGGGGACAGGGAAAUGUCUGCAGCAUUCUAUGCUGCAGGAUUUGAACCUUGGGACAUCACAAUGUCUGACCUGAGUGGGAAAGUUUCAUUGGAUCAGUUCCGCGGGCUUGCAUUUGUUGGAGGUUUCAGUUAUGCUGAUGUACUAGAUUCUGCUAAAGGUUGGUCUGCAUCCAUAAGGUUCAACCAGCCUUUGCUACAGCAGUUUCAUGAGUUCUAUAAUCGGCCAGAUACUUUCAGCCUUGGUGUUUGUAACGGAUGCCAGCUCAUGGCUCUUCUUGGAUGGGUACCGGGCGCUGAUGUUGGUGGUUCUCUAGGUGCUGGUGGAGACACAUCACAACCAAGAUUCAUUCACAAUGAAUCAGGUCGCUUUGAAUGCCGUUUUACUAGUGUGAGGAUUGGGGAUUCUCCAGCUAUCAUGUUCAAGGGAAUGCAGGGCAGUACACUGGGUGUUUGGGCUGCUCAUGGUGAGGGUAGAGCAUAUUUUCCGGAUGAUGCUGUCUUGAAUCAGGUUCUUGAGUCCAGCUUGGCUCCUUUGCGGUAUUGUGACGAUGUCGGUGGUGUCACUGAAGUUUAUCCAUUCAAUCCCAAUGGUUCACCACUAGGUGUUGCAGCCCUUUGUUCUCCUGAUGGCAGGCACCUUGCUAUGAUGCCGCACCCCGAACGGUGCUUCAUGAUGUGGCAGUUUCCUUGGUAUCCGGAGGGAUGGAAUGUCAAGAAGAAGGGUCCAAGUCCAUGGUUGAAAAUGUUUCAGAAUGCACGUGAAUGGUGUUCUUGAAACUGGUUGCUGAAAGAAGGCUAUUGGUUCAUGUUCAGCUUUUCAAUACUCCGAUAUACUUAUUCUCUCUAAUUGUUGUUAUGAUUGAAUGAGAUUUUGUUCUCACCAGCAAAUGCUUGUCAUGCUUCAUGGAUUCAAAAUAUAUCCUCUGUUUGCUAAUAACUAGUCCAGACAUGAAGCAGGGAGUUGAAUGCUUGUUUCUCUGGAUUCUUGAGCAUAUUACCAAUUUUAAGUUAUAUAGUUAAAAUUUUUCAAAUCUGAGUCUUCAGAUGAAAAUUUUCAAGCUUAACUGCAGUGAUCUCUAGAGUUGUAUGCUAUGAUGUAUUCUGUGAAUGUUACUUAUUAUCUCAUAGGAUUGAUUCCAA